AUUUCUUAGCCACUGAGUAAUUGCUAACACCUGUAUGCUUUGCACAGGCAAAAGUGAUUAGUGGGCUGCUUGUCCUAAUGCUCCUUCAUCUUUGAUCGUUUUUAUACUUCUAUCGAUGUAUCCAACAACCAAUGUUUAUGCACCAUGAAGACCUCUUUCACAUCCUGAGGAUCUUCUGAGUGUUGCCCUGCUGUUAUGGUUGCUGCAUCACUGACUUGGCGAUGGAGUUGAGAACUGACUUAGAAAUGCAAAGGAGCCCCAAUAAGCUGUGAACAGAAGGAUCUUUAACGAGCACCUUGGAGGAUAAAAUCUGAAUUUGAAUUGAUCUUAAGGUGAAGAAUUAGGAUCAUAUAACCAAUGUGGGUGGCCUGUGCCUGAAGUUCUGAGGUCCAUAUCCCAUAGUGCUGAGGAAGGGUUCCCGUGGCUCCUCGCAUAGCCUGUGCAGUCUGCAGACAAUGGAUUGAUUUGAGCUUGCCUUCCUUGGGCUGGCUGACAAGGCCGUUCAGCUUUGAGUCCAUGGGAUCUGCCUGGGUAAGGCAUUGUCUUGAGGAAGAGCUGCUGCCAGUUUUUUGUUUUCCCUGCCGCAAGCUAACUAGAAGCUAGAUUUUCAAGACAAGGUGUCCCUGAGCCUUCUGAGGAGGGCCUGCUGCCCCAGAGCCGCCCCGCUAGCACAGCACAGCACAGCACUGCUGCAAACCACCACCCAGCUUCGCUCCCUGGAGACACCGCUGCACACCAGCCACCUUCACCGAAGUUCCCAAAGAUGUGACUGUUAGGGAGGGAGACGACAUCGAGAUGCCUUGCGCUUUCCGAGCCAGCGGAUCCACCUCUUAUUCCUUGGAAAUCCAGUGGUGGUACCUCAAGGAACCGGCCCGAGAACUCGCACACGAACUGGCUGUCAGCAUCCCUGGUGGCAGGAGCAAGGCGGCGAACAAGGACGCGACCAAGAUCAGCACGGUCCGCGUGCAGGGCAACGACAUCUCGCACCGGCUGCGGCUGUCGGGCGUGCGGCGGCAGGACGAGGGCGUCUACGAGUGCCGCGUGGCGGACUACAGCGACGACGAGACGCAGGAGCACAAGGCCCAGGCGCUGCUGCGCGUCCUGUCCCGCUUCGCUCCGCCCGAUGUGCAGGCGGCCGAGGCGGUGUCCCAUAUCCAGAGCGGGGCGGCCCCUCGCCGCCACGGCCCCUCUGGUAGAGCCACGCCGCCGCCCGGCCCCGGGCCCGGCAAGCGUCCGCCACCGCCCCCCGGAGAGCGGGGACCCUCCGCCGCCACCGCCGCCUCGGCCUCGCCGCCGCCCGGACAGGGGCAGGGCCGGGGGCGGACCGCUAUCCUGCAGCAGCAGCACGGCUCAGGCACAGGACCUAUUUAUGCUACAGACCCACUCCUAUACAUGUUCCUGUUAAUACUGCAUAAUCUUGUACAUUUAUUAGUAAACCACUGAUGGACUACUUCCUUCACUACUCCUCAGCCAAACAAAAGGAACCUAUUUAAGAACAGGACAAGCCCCUGACAAAACAUUGCCCACAGCUGGAAGGAUGGACAGAAAGAGACUGAAAGAAGCAUGAUAAAUUCCACAUGAGGGGAAAACAUAUUUUUGGGGAUGUCACAGAAGGUAAACCACAAAAAAUAAUGCAUCUAGUUUCCAGACCCUAUGGUGUAAGGCCCUGCUCUGUGCACAGCACCUAUGGUUUCUCUAUUUUAAUGUAAUAUUUUUCUUUUCUAAACCUUUCCUCUGACUCUUCAGACUCUUCAUUUUGCACGAACUGUUGAGCAGUUAUCUUUAUGACAGUAUGUAAAGAUGCUGGGUCAAAACCCUUCCUAAGAAAGGAAAUAUUCUUAGUAGAUUGUGUUUAGUUUUUCUGAAUUUCCUUUUUCUUUUUUUCUUUUUUUUUUUUUAAUUAAAUUAUUUCUUUUGGAGACAUUUUAAUUGAAAAGGUACAUCUUACCAUAAUUAAUAGGCACUGCUGAUAAUAUUUAUUUUUAAAUGAAGAUUGGAAACAAGGUAAGACAUUUGUUUAUAAACUGUAUUGUAUAUUGCUGAAUAACAGUUGAAUAAAAAGAUUUUGAAAUAAA